UCAAUGUUGUUAUAUAUGUAUAUAUUUAUGAACUUGAUGGUGAUGUUGAUUUUGUAUGUAUUGUUGUAGAAAUGGCUUCAUUUCAUAUGACUGUUGUAUGUUUUUGGAAUGGUUCAAUUCGAUUAAGUAGUAGCAAUGUUAAGUAUGUUCGGGGAAGACGUAAACUGUUUGCAUGCAACUCAAACAUGGACUUGAAUGAAUUUAAACAUUUUAUAUGCUCUAAGAUUGGUAUUGACUCUACAAGAAGUACUAUUAAUGUAAGUUUUAAAUACAAUAUGAGUGGAGAUGGAUCCAGUAACUACAGUAACUAAGUUAUUGUUGAAUUACAGUAGAGAUGGAUCCAGUAGCUCCAGGACCUCGAGACCCUAGUGUGCUGACGAUGUAGGCGGAUCACAGGAGCAGUAUACUAUGGGAUGUCCAAGCUAGUCAACUUAGUAUUUUGAAUGUACAUGCCUUUAUACUUUAAAUUUAUGCUAAUGUAAUCUUUGCGUUUAGGUGUCCAACGUAGAGACCAUAUACACCAGGCAUCCCGACUCUGCUCCGUGGGAAAUUGACGCAUGGAUCAUCCCCUACCUUCAGCGAGAGAGGUUGUACGACUUCCACCUCAUCGCUUAUGGGAGAGUUGAUCGGGCGCUAGUCACGGCUUUAGUCGAGCAGUGGCGCCAAGAGACACAUACCUUCCACCUACCUCUAGGUGAGGAUACUGUCACUUUACUUGACGUAGCUGUGCUUACACGGCUUCCCAUCGAGGGACAUGCCGUCUGCACCGUUGGACGCCAAUUCGAAAGUUGGCAAGAUAAAGUCCAUAGAUUAUUAGGAGUCCGACCUCCCGCAGAGGUAGCCAAAGGGAGUGCAUUGCGCGUAACAUGGCUUGCGUAGAACUUCUCGCACUUCCCAAAAGGUGCUGAUGAGGCUACUGUUGAGAGAUAUGCUAAGGCUAUCUCUUAUAUCUGAUUGGUGCAGUCUUGUUCUUCGACAAGACUGGCAACAUGGUACAGCUUUUGUACUUGACGUUGCUUGAUGCGCCAUGGGAGGUCAUUUCUGGUUACAGCUGGGGUUCCGCAGCCCUAGCUUAUCUGUACAGGAGACUGUGUGAAGCUUCACAGAAGAACGUGAAGGAGAUCGUUGGGCCCCUGAUUAUUCUCCAGCUUUGGGCGUGGGAGCACAUUCUCAUUCUCCAACCGAUGUGGAUUGUGGGACAUGGUGCAUUUGCGCCAUCAAUUCUUCCACCCCCACAUGUGCCGUAUGGAUCGCGGUGGUUCUUUGAUAGAUGUACAAGAACCCACACAUGAUCGGGCGUGGGGUUCUACCGCGAUCAACUCGAUCUACUUCGAGCUGACUAGUUUCGAUGGGACCUUUACCCCGCUGAGGCAUACGCUGCAUUGCCUCAGCACUCAGGGAUCUUGUCAGGGGCGUGGAGAGCCUCUGUACCUUUGAUAUGCUUCGACAUAGUCGAAAUGCAUCUCCCUGAGCGCAUACUACGCCAAUUUGGGAUGGUACAGGGCAUCCCGCCUCCUUGUGACACAGUGGCGGAUCUCCAUCACAGCUCACGCAAGGGUCGAGAGCCCAAGAACUGGUUGGAGAUCAACUGGCGUCAUAUAGCUCGUUGGGAUCACAAGUUGGAGCUGCUGGCCCAAGGUGCGCCGAUUGAGGCUGUAGGCGCACCUACUUCGGCAGAUUACAUGUUGUGGUUCCUCUCCAUCACUCGUCGAUGGAUGACACCACGAGGUAUCAUCGCGGCAGCCCAGUACACUCCCACAGCACCGACGAUGACACACUUUGCACAGGGCAUUGCAUCUGUCAUCAGCUCCACCUAAGAGGAGCCUGUACAGGAGAUAACCCAAGGCAUACUCUUAGGGACACAGUUUCAACAUUUCAUUCCAGAAGUCGCUGUACCCGACACCACUAUGGACGAACAGGGGUCAUCUCCUCAUCAUGCCAACGUUCAUCUUGAGGAGGUAGACUUAACGUGCCCCGACUAUGGUAUCGGGUCCUCACAGGGUGCUGGAUCAUCACAGUAUCAAUCACCUCCCCUACCCGAGCGUCAUGCGACGACCUCUUACUAUCGUAGGAGGCGUCGUAAACCGUCACAAUUAGACAGGGUACAGGAGGAGGAUUAACAUUAGCAUACUGUUUGUAUAUAUUGAACAUUAGUGACAUUUUGUAUAUAUUGAAUAUUUGUACAUAUUCAAUAUUUGUAACAUUUGGACUUUUGUGUAUAAUUUGUAAUAUAUAUGUAGAUGUAUAUAUUUUUAGGUAUGAAUUAAAUCAAAAUCAAACAGACACUUAUAUUCAAAUAGAGAAAAUGCUCUCGAAAA